ACCGGCUCCAUAUGAUUUCCCAUGCACGUUUUUGUUUAUUUACAAUUUGGAGAACAUGCACUUACCACAACAAAGGCCCCACCACGACAUAGCCGCCCUUUUUGCGGACCAGCCGGAGUUCCUCCGGGUGAGCGCCCCAAUGGUCCGCUACAGCAAACUGGAAUUUCGCCGCCUCGUCCGGCUCAAUGGCGUGCAGUUGGCCUUCACGCCAAUGAUGAUUUCCGACUCCAUCAACAACAGUGAAAAGGCUCGACAGAACGAGUUUACCACGGGACCGGACGAUCAGCCUCUGAUUGCCCAGUUUGCGGCCAAGGAUGCCAAUGAAUUCGUGACAUCGGCGCAGCUCAUUUAUUCGUAUGUAGAUGGUAUUGAUCUGAACUGCGGCUGCCCUCAGGGCUGGGCCAUGGCAAAGGGCUAUGGAUGCGGAUUGCUACGACAGCCGGAAGUUGUACGUGAGGUGGUGCAGCAGGUUCGACGCACCCUGCCCUCUGACUUUAGUGUCUCGGUGAAGAUGCGUCUACUAGGCGGCGAGAGCUCCCUGGAGCGGACCAUUGAGCUAGCGAGGCAGCUUGAACAAGCGGGAGCUACUUUCCUGACCCUCCACGGCCGGACACCUGCACAGAAGCACUCCAAGGAUACCCUGGACAUUGGUGCCAUGUCCGAAGUGCGUCAAUCACUGCGAAUCCCGCUGAUAGUCAAUGGUAAUGUUGAGAGCUGGGCGGAUGCCUGUGAGCUGUCCGAGAAGACAGGGGCUGCCGGUGUGAUGGCUGCUCGCGGCCUGCUUGCCAAUCCAGCUCUUUUUAAUAGUGCGUAUCCGGAGGCCACUACUACCCCGCCAUCCUGUGUGCAACAAUGGCUGGACAUCGCGGAAUCUGCAGGGGAAAACUUGCUGUUUCAGUGCUUCCAUCACCACCUGACCUUCAUGUGGAGCACCGAAAUGAAGCGAUCUUUACGAGUUCAGUUCAACAGUUUGUCCACAAAAUCGGAAGUGUUGGACUUCCUCGAUGAUCACUACAGUAUUCGUCCUUCUGGAGUAUCCUCGACACCAGCUAUUUAUACCCCCUGUUCGUACAGCCAUUUCACUCCACCGAAGCAUGCUCGGCAUAUAGCAGCCGAGACCGAUGAACAGGAGUGGAGCUCGAAGAGCGAUGGAAAAUUCUUUACAGAAUUCCGAAAGCACCAGUUGACUGGAACUGGUGGCGAAGACUUGGAGCUGGGGGGUCUUUUUGGCGAAGAUGAGUAACUUUGAUUUUAAACUUUUAAUUUUCUGCCCUCAAGUUUGUACAUAAUAAACACAAAUUAAGGCUUGAAUAGCAUCUAGAA